UUGUGAUAAUAGGUAGAAAAUGAACGACUUUAAGUUAACCGUUGCUUUGACCAGCAACAACAGCGAAAAUAUGUCUCGCCAUGAAAUGCUAAAUUGGGUGAACAACCUGGUGAAUGGACAGUUUAAAAAAAUCGAGGAGCUGCGCUCCGGUGUCGCCUAUUGCCAAAUGAUGGAGUUGAUCUUCCCGAAUUGUAUCAAUUUGAGGCGGGUUAAAAUGGGAGCCAAACUUGAGCACGAGUUCUUGCACAAUCUUAAACUCUUUCAGGCCGCUUUCACACGCCUCAAGCUGGACAAAACUGUGCCCAUCGAUCGUUUAAUGAAAGGCCGCUUUCAGGAUAACUUUGAGUUCUUGCAGUGGUUCAAAAAGUUCUUCGACUCGCAGGCACCUGGUCUGGAAAAUAUGAAGAGCGCAGCCAACUGCCCGACGCUGAAACCCAUCAAGCCCCGUGUACUAGAUAAGUCAUGUCCAAGGACUGUAGAGCCUAAUGCAGAUGGUAAUCUGACCGUAAAAGACUUGAUGUGCCAAAUAGAUGAAAUGAAUAAUAAAGCGGCGAGCGUCAUUGAGCGACGGGAUCAUGCGUACAGCAAGCUGCGAAAGAUUGAGGUCAUGCUGAACGAGCAAAUUGAGGAAAAUGAGAAUAUUGAGUUCUGUCAGCGUAUCUUCCACAUACUUUCCACCACAGAGUUCGAAGAAGACGUCACUGAAAAUGUGGCAGCUAUGGUCGAAUAAUGGAUUAAUCUGUUAAAACACUUUCGAAACUAUUUGCAUAAAUAUUUAUUAAACUACUCUGCGGUAUCGAAA